GAAUUCAGAUGAUAAUUAUUGUGCAAUUACUGGUAUGAACACAUUACUCUGUGCUCCUAUUCAGACUCAGAUGCAACAAAAGGAGUUUUCAGUUAUAGACCACAUCCAUGAAAGGAAACAUGCAAAUGACCAGACAGUCAUCUUUUCAGAUGAAAACCAGAUGGACCUGACAGCAAGCCACACUGUGAUGAUUUCCAAAGGGCUUUCAGAGUGUACCAAAAAUGAAAAUUCCACAAAAAUAGAUACUACAUCCUUUCUGAAGAAUUUAAAGUAUCGUGCUGAGAAUUCAAGAAUUACAAAGGAAUUAGAGUGUCCCCUAACUUCCAUAAGUAAAAACACUUUCUCAGAAAAAACAAAUUCUGAUAACUUCAUAAAAAGAUUAAAAACAGGAAAAUGCAGUACUUCUCUUUCUACAGAGCUUGACAAGGAAAAUUCUGAGAUACUUGUAUAUUCCAAAGAAUCAAACAGUGCCUCUUCUACACAUCCAAUGCCUGUAUCUCAUAAUGUAGAUGAAAAUAGUAGUAAUAGGACUAGAAUCUUUAGAGAACAAGAUGAUGGAAUGAACUUGACCGAGUGUCAUACAGCCUAUAUUCAGACUUGGAGUCCUCCAUCUAGCGAAGCCAACUUAGGAGAAUUUAAGGGUGAUAAUACAAUUUAUGGCAAUGAGUGUAUGGAGUUGACAACUAACUAUAGGAUACAAGUUUUGCCAUCAGAAAGUAACUUAUCUAAAAGAGAAACUCAAAACCAGAAUGUCAUGAUGAAUAUUACAACAAUGGAUAGAACUGAAGCGCCAGAGAAGAAAGCAGUUCUUAAGGAUAAACUAAUUGCUGCUUUGCAAGACUCUUUCCCAAACCCUGAAAAUAAAAUUCAUAUUACCAAAAGUCAUACUAUGGAGUUAGAAACCCACACAGUCACACGGAUUUCUAAUCAAGGUGCUAGCACAUUGGCUGAAACCUCAGAAUCUGCAUGUUCCAAUCCAGCUAUCCAAGGUUAUAAGACAAUUUUUUAUACUAGUAGCAAUGAUGCAAUGGAACUGACUAAGUGUCUCUCAAGUAUAAGAGAGGAAAAAAAUUUGCUGAACCCUGAUGGUAAAUAUUCCAAAAUAUGCGCAAAUCUAGAUGCUGAUCCACUGGGAGCAAAAGAGGAUAACAUGGACAUUACCAAGAGUCACACAGUUUUAAUAGAUAAUACAAUAUUCAAACAAGGUCAAGGAAACACUAAAAAAGAAAUAACAUCUAUACCAGUAUUUGAAAAAGAAAUGAUGCUCCAAAAUCAUAUAACUAUGUCAGAAGAUGAGAAAAUGAAUGUAAAUUAUAAUGCAGCUCCUCAAGUAUCUAAGGAAAGAUUGCAGCAGAACCUGACAGACACUUUAUCUGUUUCACUGGCUGACAGAAAGACUGAACUCUUAGCAGGUGAAGAUAUGGAUUUGACUGAAAGUCACACAAGUAAGCUAAGAAGUCAAUUUAUUCCUACUUUUGACUUAACAUCAAAGAAUGUCACUAAAUCUUACUCACACAACCAAAGCCCUUCAGAAGAGUGGGGAAAGCUGGGCAAACAAGUAGUCCUAGGACAUGCAGUACAAGACCAGCGUUCUAAACUUCUUGAACCACAGAGGAAAAACAUAGAUGCUCCUGACUGUUCUCAUAAGAUGAUAAUUUCUUCAGAGGAGGAGCAAACUAUGGAUCUGACAAAGAGCCACACUAUUGUAAUUGGGUUUGGUCCUUCUGAUGUACAAGAACAUAGUAAUACUAGUUUAGAACACAGAAACAUCCAACUCACAGCAGGAAGGAAACAAAAAGCUGUGAACAUUCCUGUAGAAAACAGAGUAGGAGCAACUAAUGAUAUGGACAUGUUGAAGGACAGAAGUCAGCAUAAGCCUGAAUUUCUGAAGGAAAAGCAAAAUACCAAAAUUUGUGGAAGGAAAAGUGCUGGUGGACUGAAAAUUGAUAAAACUAUUUUAUUUUCAGAGGGUAGUGAGAAUGAUAUGGAUGUCACCAAGACUCCCACAGUUAAAAUAAACCACAGAUCUUUAUUAGACAAACAUGAUUCUCGCUUAGUACCUUUGGCAGAAACUUCGAAAACCAUUUUGUAUUCAUGUGGACAGGAUGAAAUGGAAAUCACUAAAAGCCACACAACUCCUUUAGAAUGUAAAAUUGUCUCACCGCAUGAAAUAACCCCUGGUCAUCUGGACAAGACUAUGAUGUCUAUAGAUGGUCAUGAGGAGCUAGAGAUGACAAAGUCCCAUACUGUUUUCAUUGAUUACCAAGCAGAGAUGACAGGGGUGCUUCCCAACAGACUUCACUUUGAAUUAUCCAAAAAGGAAAACCUACAAGAGCCAAAAGUGACGUCUAUUCCUGCUGAAGAGACUGUUUCCGUUUCUAACAAUAGUGAAAGCAGGCAGCCAGCAGCAAAAGGCAGCCAGCUAACGGUGCUAGAGGAAAAGUCUAAUAGUGGGCCUAGGGAAGACACUAAUGAUGUUCAAAAGCCUAGAUUUCUGAAUGAACUUCUGUCAGGCAAAACUCAGAGGAGAAAAAGACUUAGGCUCCAAAACAAGACCAUUACAUUUCCAGAGAAUGAUAAUAGAGAUGCCACUCAGGGUUCUGUGAUGGAAAUGCGUAAUGAAAGUAGCCUGGAAGAUAGAGAGGGCUUCAGUUUUGUACCAUCGACAGGAACUUCUAAACCAGUUUUGUCUGCACACAGGCCAGAGGACAUAGAGAUCUGUAGAAGUCAACCCUCUGCUUCAGAAUAUAAAACUGUCCCACCAGAUGAAAUAACUACUGUACCUGUGGACAAAACUAUAAUGUUUGUAGAUAAUCUCAGUGAUCUGGAUGUCACCAAGUCCCAUACAGUUUUCAUCGAUUGUCAAGCCAAAGAGAAAUUACUUCAUGACUGUACUAAAUUGGGAAUGGCAACAACAAGCUUGAGUGGUCCUGAAGGUGAUGCCAGUAUUCAAGCAAUCAUCACAAAAACAGUAGUUGAAAAAAACCACCAUAUGACAACUGUUAUUCCUCCUAAUACAUUAUCAAGUGAUCAAAGUACAAUGGAAAUCAUCAAGUUUCAUAAAGCUGAUCUAGAUGAGGUCAUAGGAAAGGCUGUGGAAGCCAAUACAUUGAAACAAACUAAACUUGAAAGCUGUCCAUUAAAUAGAAUAGGUGGAAAGACUGUGGAUUUUACAGGCAGUGGUGUAGCAUGUAGAGUCAGCGACAAGUACUCCUCUUUAUCAAACGUCACCUCUGAUAGUUGGCAUGGCGGUAUGUCCUUGUGUGAUCAAAAUAAGGAGAAAGCCAGUAAUUGCCAAGUGCCAAAUGAGUUUGCUCAUGCAGGUGUUUUACCAAGUAGCUAUCACAUGGAAUCUGAAGUACUGUCUGUCUUUGCACCUUGUCCAAGUACCACAGCAGUGCUUAAAGAUCAAGAUCUGAUAAAAGAGCCUCUGAGGGAGAUGACUAAAUCUAACUCAAAGCAUGCAUCUCCUAAACUCUCAAAGGAUCAAAUGGAGGCCUUUGUAGUUGAUGUUAGUGUUGUUUCUCAGCCUCUUCUCUCAGCUCAGCAACAUCUAUCAACUCAAAAAGACCAGGGUGCUGCCAGUGAAGAUGAAAGAGUAUUGUCUAAGGCUGGAAUGAAGACUUUACCUUUACUUACAGGAAAUUUCUCUGCACCCUCAUGUGAAAAUGUGUCCAAAAUGCUCACUAAUGCAGAACACUUUGCUAUAAACUACAAAAAAGAACUGAAGGAAAGUACUCAAGCAGAUAAAUGUAAUACAGAUAUAGAUUGCCAUGGUAAUUCAGCCCUGACAGCACAAGCCAUUCAAAUCCAUGCCAACACUACAGAAGCCCCAGACCCUACAGCUCCAUCUAAUGUUUCAUGUUUUAGCAGUGUCAAACCAAGUCUGAGUAAUUUGAAUAGAAAAACUGAGGACAUUUUAGAUUUUCAGACUGUUCAUAUGUUACCUCCUGCAAAACAGUUACUUGAAGUAGGAAAGCAGGCACAUGAUAACAUGAAUAUGGGACAAGCUACAGGAGUACAUAGCCUAGGUUCCAGUGAGGAUAGAGAUGAAGAAGGUGUAUCUACACCACUAAAAGCAGUUAAGGACAAAAUGAGAAGAUGUUCAUUGGGAAUCUUUUUACCCAAACUACCAAGCAAGAAAAGUUGUAGCAUCACUGGCGUUGAUGACCUGGAGCAAAUUCCAACAGAUGCAACCGAGUUAACUCACUUAGAAGCUCAGCCAAUAUCUACUAAAGAUUCAGGUCUUGGAUCUAUUGCAGCCAAACUGAACUUGAGCCCAUCUCAGUAUAUAAAUGAGGAAAAUCUCCCUAUGUACCCUGGUGAGAUAUUUUCAUCAGAGUCUAUUAGCUUAGACAUCGAAGAAAAUGCUAUGAUUGACACAGAUCACAAAGAGAUUUUAUCAUCUGAAAACAAAAUAGAAACCUGCAGUGCACAAAAAAGAGCCUGGGCACAAGAUGAUAAUGUUACAAGUGAGAAAAAAAUCAGAACAUAUGAUGAUGGUACACAAGAUCAUGAGAUUUUUUAUCAUCAUACUGAAGGAGAUAUCAAUAAAAACGUCAACAGUGUAUUGAUAAAAAGCCUAAGCAGGACACCGUCUAGUUGCAGCAGCUCUCUGGAUUUAUUCAAGGCUGAUGGAAUCUCUUUGGAUGUCAGCACACAGCGUAACAGCCAAAUGGAAUCACAGUUUCUCAGUGACACUAUCUGUGAAGAGAGUUUGAGAGAGAAACUCAAGAAUGGCCAAAUUACAAUAAAGGAGUUCUUCAUACUUCUUCAGGUCCACCUCUUAAUACAGAAGCCCAGGCAGAGCAAUCUCCCAGCCAGAUUUACUAUGGACACAUCACCCACCCCAGAAGACCUGAUGCUGAGACAAUAUGUCUAUGGACCCAAGAUACGGAUUUACAGAGAAGAUUGUGAGCUUCUUCGACAAAAGAUUGAAGAGUUAAAGGUCUCUGCAUUGAACCAAGAUAAACUAUUGAUCGAAGUAAAUAGGAACUUGUGGGAAAAAAUGAAAGACUACUCUGAUGAAGAGCUGAAGACCUAUGGAAUUUACCUUAACAAAAUAAAGUCACGUUAUACCAAGAUGACAAAAGUCUUCACCCACCAAGGCAAAGUGGCUCUGUAUAACAAAUUGGUGCAUUCAGCUGAGAAUGAGAAGAAGAAACUUCAGAUAAAAAUAAAUGAGAUGGACAACAUACUUAAGAAGAUCAAUAACUGCCUCGUGGAAGUGGAAAUUGAAACUAAGAAUUUGGAGAACGAAGAGAAAGAUGAUCCUAUGGAAGAAUGGGGUUCUGAAGUGAGAGACGCAGAGAGAGAACUGGAACAGCUGAAAGCUGAAGAGGAGGCGCUUCAAAGGAAGCUCAUAGAAGUAGAGACACAGAAAGUGCAGACCCUUGCUCAGAUAGAAUCUACAAAAGAACAAACAACUAAAACUGAAGAAUUACUGGAUCAGUUGAGUCUGACUGAGUGGGAUGUCAUUGAAUGGAGUGAUGAUCAAGCUGUAUUUACCUUCCUUUAUGACUCAGUAGAACUCAUCAUCACCUUUGGAGAGCCAGGAGUUGGCCUCCCUUUCUUGGACAAGGCUUACAGGAAGAUUAAUGAGCUCAAAUUUCAGUCUCUGUUAGAUGAAGAUAAAGCUCCUCCCUCCUCCCUUUUGGUUCAUAAGCUUAUUUUUAAAUACAUUGAGGAGCAGGAGUCUUGGAAGAAGAAAUGCACAACACAGCAUCAAGUACCUCAGAUGCUUCAAGAACUCUCACUUGUAGUGAACCGUUGCAGGCUUCUUGGAGAGGAGAUUGAAUUUUUAAAGAGAUGGGGGCCAAAUUAUAGCCUAAUGGAUAUAAAUGUGAAUAAUACUAAAUUGGCACUUUUAUUCUCCAGUUCUGCAGCAUUUGCAAAGUUUGAGAUAACUUUGUCUUUCUCAGCCCAUUAUCCCUUGGUCCCGCUACCAUUCACCGUUCAAAAUCACCUUGGGAACACUGGCCACGAUGAAAUUGCUGCCGUUAUCUCCAAAGUGCCCUUGGGAGACAACUACCUGAAGACUAUAGUUAAGCAAAUUUACCAAGAUCUUCUUAAGGACUGAAACUUUUGCUAUAAGACUCUCAGAUCACAGCUGUCACAGCUAAGGAAAAAUGUGUUCACCCCAGCAUAGAGCCGAACUCUUGUAACCUCAGGACUUAGGUGAGAGAAGAUUACAAGAUCAAGGCUUGUCUGGACUGUCUAUGAGACCUGGUCAAAAAAUAGACAAAUAGAAAAAGUACUUAAAUGAUGCUUCAAAGUCACUAUUGUCUUAACAUAUAAAACUUGAAAAUUUCCUCCUGAUGAUAUCAUAGUUAAUUUGUAUCAUUAGU